GGGGGCAGCUGCGCUCAUAAUUAUAGUCAGUUGAGCUCUCCACCCUUUGUAAUCUAGUAGAACUCCCUUCCCCUUUGUACAUGCCCAUCACCAUUCAUAAAAAUCGACCCAAGCGGUCAACAACAGACCCUAUUCCAGGAAAAGAAAAGGGCGUACCUACCAAUGGCUUAGCAAAGUCUAUGCCUUCGCUGCGCCCUAACACUCUACGAGCUAUUAGUCGUUUGGGCUCCUCAUUUCAGAAUCUUGGUGUAUCAUCUUCAGGUUCUGGCUCCAGCUCGGAAGCGUCUGUUGAAAAGGACGAGAAUUUGAACGAGGAGAUAGCCCAAGUGCGACAUGCCAUGGACCUCUUUUUGAACUCCCGUAUCAAAGAAGCCGAAAGUCUGAUAAUGCCAAACAAGGAAACGUCCUUGUAUUGGAGUCUCGGAUACGCCUUCAUUAGUUUUUUAAAAGCCAUGAUGACAUUCCAGAACGCGGAUUUUGAUACUGCUUCAGAAGCCAUCAAGCAAUGCAUUCAUAUUGCCACCAACGCCAGGAAGCGAGAUGCUGGCUUUGUCGAUAGUUUAACAAGUUGGGUGAAAGGUAGUACCGGACUUGCCACUGUGAAGGCCAUGACCAAAUUACAAAGACACGCAGAACUCGUAUAUGCAGAGUCUUAUCUCAUGAAGGCUGUUUUAAGCAUUGUGCAUGAUGAAAGCUACAUAUCGUUUUUACGCGAGGGCCUCAACAUCCGAAACAGUUACAAUAUUUAUCGCACGUUACAAAAGUUUCUUCAUUUCAUUGAAGAUGAAAUUGCCGCUGGCAACGACGUUUCAGCCUACGAGAUUGACGAUCAUUUAACAUCAGGAGUGGCUCUUGGCAUUGGUUGCUUCAACUUGAUGUUAUCCCUCCUUCCACCUAAUGUGUUAAAGGUGGUCGAAUUCAUCGGGUUUACUAGUAAUAGGGAGUAUGGAUUGAAACAGCUAGAAUCCAUCGGCGGGUGGGAGCCUUAUCACAAAGACGCCAAUUUACCUCUACCCGAAAAGCAAGGCCCUGACGAAGGCUUACGAAGACAGUUUUGUGACAUGGCUCUCAUAUUAUAUCAUGUUGUUAUUGCUGCUGCCAUACCGGUAGCCGACGGCGAUAUUAGCUUUGCUGAGGACAUUCUCAAUUACAAUCUCGAGAUAUAUCCUGACGGAGUUUUGUUCUUGUACUUUUCUGGAAAACUCAACUGCAGUCAAGGCAAAAUUGAUAGUGGAAUACAACAAUACCAACAGGCAAUUGCAACACAAAAGGAAUGGAAGCAAUUGCAUCACAUUUGCUACUGGGAACUGGGCCUUAACUAUAUGAUAAAGUGUGAUUGGACCAACUCACACAGCUGCUUUUCUAUUUUACAAAGAGAAAGUAAUUGGAGUCGAUCAGUAUACACCUACAUGACAGCUGUGGCUCUGUUUUGCUCCCUGGAUGAUGUCAAGGACGCACAAGAAAAGAAGCAAAAGAUGGAUGAGGUGGUCCGGUUGAUGAAAGAGGUUCCAAAGUUGACACAAAAAAUCGCUGGCCGUUCUCUACCCGUAGAGAAAUAUGUAUCCAGAAAGACUCGCAAGUUUUUUAUGCAAUCUAACUAUUUAUUGCUCCCCGAUUUGGAGAUUCUUUGCUUUACCAAUUCCUACGAGUCACUACCUACUGAUAUCCUCCAUGUGAAACUACAAGUACUCAAUGCAACCAUCAAAGAUCUGGAGGACAAGUUAAAGACUUCAGACGAACCGUACGAAAACAUUUACGACGAUUACUGCCUUGCACAGUACGUCCGAGGCAUCAUUACUCGUAUGAUUGCGUGUUCACCAUCCGUCGAAGAGAAGCAAGAUAUGCUGGCCCUGCAUGAAGUAUCGAUGCAAGCGUGUUUUGAUAAAGCUGACAAGGUGCAAUGGGAUCACUGGGUAUAUUAUUAUUGUCGAUACGAACGAGCAUGUACGUUUAUCAAGGAAGGCCAAUUCGACGAAGCCAAGAGCGAUUUACAAAUGGUCCUCAAGGCAGCGGAAAAAGGAUACGGCGUUGGGUCCGGUCCUGGUGCCAAACACAAAUACAGUAUGGAGAACGCACUUCUCUUCAAGUGCCAUAAUGCACUACAUGAUAUUGAACGACAAUCAAACCCCAAGUAGAAAGGGACACGGCCCGACGUAGAUCUCUGCCUCAAUUAUCUCUUUUUUUAUAGCAAUGUAUAGUCUUUGAUAGUGUUUUAUUUUUUCGAGUUUGUACAGAUAUAACUUGCAAUUGUCAAUGUUUU